CCGGAUAUAGAGGCUGGGUUGUGUGAAACCGAACCGGAGGCGAAUUGGAUUGUUCUUUUGCAAGUCUGAUGAAGAAAGUGAUGAAGAAACUGUAGGAACAAUGGCGCCUCUCAAACAUCUGGAGAAGGAGAACCCAAUCAUCGACGCCUCUUUCCGAUAUUUCUGCGCCUCGCAUGGAAUCGUAACAGUUGAGGAUUUCCUUCUUCAUGAUCUCGAAGGACUUGCUGCAUUUGCAGAUCGACAGACAAAUUCAGAUAGAUUGAAAGAGGGUAUCACUGUCAUGCUUUCUUUGGUAGAACGUCAGUGUCACCCAUGGUUGAAUGGUAUGGAACUGUUGGAGGAUCUACAACGUAAUAAACAUAUAUUAUCAACCGGAGACAAAGGGACGGACUCAUUGCUUAAAGGUGGAUUCCGCGAGGGUCAGGUUACAGAACUUGUCGGACCUUCGUCUUCUGGUAAAACACAAUUUUGCAUGCAAGCUGCUGCAAGCGUGGCAGAGAAGCAUGAUGGUGGAGUUUUAUAUCUAGACACGGGGAACUCUUUUUCUGCUCGACGCAUUGCUCACUUUGGCUCAAGUUCCGAUACUUCUUUAGGACAGAAAGUCAUGAGCAGAAUAUCAUGUCACGCGGUCUAUGACAUCUACACAAUGCUUGAGACGCUGCAAGGUCUAGACAUUACUUUGAGAUCGCAGGUGCAGACGAAUGUGAAUGAACACCGGUUACGGUUGUUAGUUGUUGAUUCAAUCUCUUCUCUGAUAACCCCAAUCCUUGGAGGCAAUGGCUCACAGGGACGCGCUUUGAUGGUGGCCGUUGGAUAUAUGCUUAAGAAGCUGGCACAUGAACAUAGCAUCGCUAUACUGGUGACAAACCACACGGUGGGUGCUGGAGGAGAAGGCGGUAAAACCAAACCAGCUCUUGGUGAAACUUGGAAAAGCAUCCCACACGCGAGACUUAUGUUAUCGCGUGACCAUAAGAAUAGCAACUGCACCAUCUCCAUCUUAAAACACACAUCCAUGCCCUCAGGCCAAACUAUGAGGAUCACGACUCACAAGGCUAAUCGAUAACGUUUAUAAGUCUCCUUGGUCAUCUACGCCCAUCGUUUGGAUCUGCAAGAUGAGAACAACCACCGUAAACGAGGAAAGAAACAAUGCUCAGAUGGAUUUUGUUUUUGUUAUAAAAUGUAGAAUUGUACUGCAACAACGAAUUCAUAGAAGUAUUCAAUAACCUUUUUCAAGACAAAAUAUGUAAUACACAAUUGUUUAACAAAUCAAGUGUAUAUAUAUAUAUAA